AUGUCGAACGCCACAAAUCCCAGAGUACAGGACAAUAUCACCGGCGUCUACCAGUUCAUUGCCCCCCUUGGGAGCGGCCAUGUCGCCCUCGUCCAUCUCGAGGACCUUGGUCUCUACGCAAGGUGGAUAUUUGAUCAUCCCAAGGAGUCCAACGGAUUGAACCUCGAGGUCGCAACAGAGCACGUCAAUUGGACUGCUCUAGCUCGCUUGUUCACCGAGGUCACCGGUAGGCCUGCGGAAUACGUCGAUGUGAGCGCAGAAGCCUACUUUGACAACCACUACCCCGCGGGUCGGAAGGCUGUUGAUCGCAAGAUUGGCACUGUGGUUGAUAAGAAGGACCCGAUGUUGCAGACCUGGAGGCAGAACUUUGGCGGGUUCUGGAAUAUGUGGAAGGCGACGAUGGGACCGACCUCGGGGAACAUCACGCGCGACUACGCAUUCUUGGAUUCGAUCCUUCCACAGCGUGUUAGGACGGCGGAAGAAUGGAUACGGAAGGUUGGAUACGAGGGAGAGCCUCGACGGCUGUUGAAGGACUGGGCGGAUGGUGGGAUCGCAGUUUCGGGGCCGACAGCAGAUGUGAAAUUGUAG